AUGAAAAUGAAUAAAAUUGAACUUUUAACUAUUUUAUCAAAUGUAAUUCCAGUAACAAUAUUCACAUUAUUUAACAUCUUAUGUGAUGAUGAUUUUUAAACCUCUUUAAAGUUGAAUAAACAAAUAGAUAUUGGAUUUGUGUAGAUUGGAUGGCUAAUUUUUAGUUUAAUAGGUCCUUUUCUGAAAAUAUAUUUGACUGUUAUAAUUUAUGGAAAUAAUUUAAACAAAGAAAAGCAAUAAUGA